ACUCUUUCAGUCCAAAUUUCAAAUUAAUUCCUGCCCUAAUCCCGGCUGCUCGUCGGAGGAAAUAUCCGGUGAGAGAGAUUGAGCUAUACAAUUGAGAGAGUGAGUGUUUUAGGGACGGCGAGAGAUGGCCGGAUUACCGAGAACAGCCGGUGCUUUUGCGGUAACCCCACACAAGAUCUCCGUUUGCAUUCUCCUGCAGAUAUACGCUCCUUCGGCUCAGAUGUCUCUCCCCUUCCCUUUCUCUUCCGUUUCUCAGCACAACCGCCUCGGCCUCUACUUGUUCUCUCUCACUAAGUCUUGCGAUGAUAUAUUUGAGCCGAAGCUGGAAGAGCUCAUCAACCAGUUGAGGGAUGUUGGUGAAGAGAUGGAUGCGUGGCUAACUGACCAUUUAACCAAUAGAUUUUCUUCCUUAGCUUCACCAGAUGACCUAUUGAAUUUCUUUAAUGACAUGCGAGGCAUACUUGGGAGCCUUGAUUCAGGAGCUGUGCAAGAUGAUCAGAUUAUCUUGGAUCCCAACAGCAACUUGGGAAUGUUUGUUCGUCGUUGCAUUUUGGCAUUUAACCUUUUAUCGUUCGAGGGAGUUUGUCAUCUUUUUUCAAGCAUUGAAGAUUACUGCAAAGUAGCUCAUUCAAGCUCUGCUCAGUUUGAUGCAUCUAAUGAUAAUCUGGAAUCAUUAACACAAUAUGAUCAGAUGGAUAUGGAGAAUUAUGUUAUGGGUAUAGCAACUGAAGAACUAAGCGUCCCAUUUCAUCUUCAUACGCCUGAAGCACUAAUCAAAGUGACAGAAGGUAUCACUUAUGGUUUGCGAGUUACUAGGAAGGAAUCAUCUAGAAUUAGCAAGAAAAAUACAGAAGCUACUCGAGUUGUUUGUGCCUCGACAAGUACACUUGAGGAUACUCUGGUAGAUGAAUCAUUAUUCCUUCGGACAAAUUUUCAGAUACAAGGUUUUUUAAUGGAACAGGCUGAUGCAAUUGAAACCCAUGGAAGUUCAAGUUCAUUCUCUUCAAGUUUGGUCGAAAGUUUCCUUGAGCAGCUUCAGAAUUUAGCCCCUGAAUUGCAUCGUGUUCACUUUUUGCGUUACUUGAAUAAGCUUCACAGCGAUGACUAUUUUGCUGCUUUGGAUAAUCUCCUCCGUUACUUUGACUACAGUGCAGGGAAUGAGGGAUUUGACCUUGUUCCUCCUUCAACAGGCUGCAGCAUGUAUGGAAGGUACGAGAUUGCGUUGCUAUGUUUGGGAAUGAUGCAUUUCCGCUUUGGGCAUCCUAACUUGGCUCUAGAGGUUUUGACAGAAGCUGUGCGUGUAUCACAGCAGCUUAGUAAUGAUACUUGCCUAGCAUAUACACUAGCAGCAAUGAGCACCUUGUUAUCAGAAAUGGGCAUUGCAAGUACCAGCAGUGUUCUAGGAUCCUCGUACUCACCUGUCACUAGCACUGCAUCUUCAUUAUCUGUACAACAAAGAGUGUACAUACUUUUAAAGGAGUCUUUACGGAGAGCUGACAGUCUAAAAUUAAGACGCUUAGUGGCUUCCAAUCAUCUUGCAAUGGCUAAAUUUGAGUUAAUGCAUGUGCAAAGGCCUCUACUGUCGUUUGGUCCCAAAGCUUCGGUGCGUCACAAAACUUGUCCAGUUAGUGUCUGCAAGGAGAUACGACUAGGUGCACACCUAAUCAGCGACUUUUCUUCUGAAAGCUCCACAAUGACAGUUGAUGGUUCUCUAAGCUCGGCUUGGCUUAAAGACUUGCAAAAACCAUGGGGUCCACCAGUGAUUUCCCAGGACUCUAGUUCUAGAAAGAGUUCGACUUUUUUCCAGUUAUGUGAUCAUCCGGUCUCGAUUCCUGGAUCUGUAUCACAAUUAAUUGGUGCUUCAUAUCUACUCCGGGCUACUUCAUGGGAGUUAUAUGGCAGCGCUCCUAUGGCUCGUAUGAAUACCUUGGUGUAUGCUACUUUAUUCGGUGACUCUUCGAGUUCAUCUGACGGAGAGUUAGCAUACUUGAAGCUCAUUCAACAUUUGGCACUAUAUAAGGGAUACAAAGAUGCCUUUGCUGCUCUUAAGAUUGCGGAGGAAAAGUUCUUAACCGUACCAAAAUCAAAAAUACUGUUGCUCAAGUUGCAGCUACUACAUGAACGUGCCUUGCACUGUGGGAAUGUAAAGCUAGCUCAACGAAUGUGCAAUGAGUUAGGAGGCUUAGCAUCAACAGCCAUGGGUGUAGACAUGGAGCUGAAAGUAGAAGCAAGUCUUCGCGAAGCUCGGACUUUGCUUGCAGCAAAACAGUAUAGCCAGGCAGCAAAUGUGGCACACUCCCUUUUUUGCACGUGUCACAAAUUCAAUUUGCAAAUAGAAAAGGCUUCUGUUCUUCUUCUGCUUGCAGAGAUACAUAAGAAGUCAGGAAAUGCAGUCCUGGGUCUUCCAUAUGCGCUGGCAAGCAUCUCGUUUUGCCAAUCAUUUAACUUGGAUCUUCUCAAUGCAUCAGCUACUCUCACGCUGGCUGAGCUGUGGCUUGGUCUUGGAUCAAAUCAUGCUAAACGGGCAUUAGACCUUCUGCACGGGGCAUUCCCUAUGAUUCUUGGCCAUGGAGGUUUGGAGCUGCGUGCUCGAGCAUACAUCUUUGAAGCAAACUGCUAUCUGUCUGAUCCAAGCUAUUCAGUUUCCACAGAUUCAGAUACGAUCCUAGAUUCUCUAAGGCAAGCUUCAGAUGAGCUUCAAGAUUUGGAGUUCCAUGAACUGGCAGCAGAAGCCUCGUACUUAAUGGCGAUGGUAUAUGACAAGCUGGGACGGGUUGAGGAGAGGGAAGAUGCUGCGGCUUUGUUUAAGAAGCAUAUAAUAGCUCUCGAAAAUCCUCACGAUGUGGAACAAAACAUGCCAUGAGGGUUUGUGACCUUAGUCAAUAAGCUUAUUGUGAAAAGCUUGUAACUUUAAAUUGUAACAAUGUUCCUUAAGACGCGUUCUAGUGGAUCCGAACCUUGUGUAACUACUCUUAACAUUGUAGAGGAGGAAAUUCAAUGAAAGUUAUUUUAUUACAA